CCAAAUUGUUUCUCUUAUUUCCGAAAUAAACCCAGUUUCUUUGUUCUCUCCAGAGAGUGUCAUUUGGUAUCGUAAUUUUGGCCUUGGACAGCACAAACGCAGACACCGCGGAAUUGUGCCCAAAAUCGAUGAAUUCGCAAAAUGGUGGCGAGAGUCACCAACCUCCGCCGCUACCGCUAGGCGAAAAGGUUACCGAAGUGGGAUGGUAUGUUCUUGGGGAGGAUCAACAACAGGUUGGUCCUUACGCCUUCUCAGAGUUGCGCGAACAUUUCUUGAAUGGGUACCUCUCCGAAAAUACGUUUGUGUGGUCUGAAGGAAGGAGUGAGUGGCAGCCCUUGUCCUCAGUCUCUGACCUGUGGACUCAAAUUAACCAGCAGGGACUUGAUUCCUCAACUGCUGUGUCUGCUCACGAUGUUGACGAGUUUGAAAGAUGGGAAAAGGAGAUUAAAGAGGCAGAGGCACAGGUGGAAGGUUCAGAUUUUGGAUCCUUUUCUGGCAAUGUUGGUGGUACUGCGGCAGGAGAAGAUUCUGAGAGACCUUCGACGCCACCUGAGGGUGAAGAAGAAUUUACUGAUGAUGAUGGAACUGUAUAUAAGUGGGACAGGAAUCUCAGGGCUUGGGUUCCACAGGAGUAUCCAACUGGAAGCACUGAGCCUUAUGGGGUUGAGGAUAUGACCUUCUUGCAAGAGGAGGAAGUUUUUCCAACAAUAACUAAUUCUGAUGCCUCUGAAAAAAUUGAAGAUAGUUCAGAAUUGGUUAUUUCUGAUCCUUCGUUAAAGGAAGAAGCAAAUGAAACAAAUGAAACAAAUAAUGCCAGUGUGGUAGCAGGUGGAAAAAGGAAGCUUUCUGAUCAACAAACUGACAAGAAGGAAGCUAAUAAACCCCCUGAUAGCUGGUUCGAAUUAAAGAUCAAUACACAUGUUUAUGUCAAUGGAUUGCCUGAGGAUGUUACUACUGAUGAAAUUGUGGAGGUAUUUUCCAAAUGUGGAAUUAUAAAGGAGGACCCAGAAACCAAAAGACCACGUGUGAAGCUUUACGUUGAUAAAGAGACAGGAAGGAAAAAGGGAGAUGCUCUGGUUACAUAUCUUAAGGAACCAUCAGUGGCUUUGGCAAUUCAAAUUUUAGAUGGAGCACCUUUUCGCCCUGGUGGCAAGAUUCCUAUGUCUGUCAGCCAGGCUAAAUUUGAGCAGAAAGGAGACAAGUUUGUAUCCAAACAAGUAGACAAUAAAAAGAAAAAGAAAUUGAAAAGGGUGGAAGACAAAAUGCUUGGAUGGGGUGGUCGUGAUGAUGCAAAAGUUUCAAUUCCAGCAACUGUGAUCCUUCGUUUUAUGUUCUCUCCAGCUGAAAUGAGGGCUGAUGAAAAUCUGCGUUUAGAACUAGAAGAAGAUGUUAAAGAGGAGUGUACAAAGCUUGGUCCUGUAGAUUCUGUCAAGAUAUGUGAGAAUCAUCCUCAGGGAGUUGUUUUGGUAAAAUUCAAGGAUAGGAAGGAUGCCCAAAAGUGCAUAGAAUUGAUGAAUGGAAGAUGGUUUGGUGGUAGACAGAUACAUGCCAGUGAAGAUGACGGUUCAGUAAACCAUGCGUUAGUCCGGGAUCUGCAAGAAGAUGCUAUUCGACUGGAGCAAUUUGGUGCUGAACUUGAAGGUGACUGAAGCAAGGACAAUAAGUGAAUAACAUUGCACCAGAUUAACAGUUCCCAGCAAGUCCGGACCAAGGAAUAUUUCCCAGUGGCUAAGCUUUUGGAUCACUAGGUCAUCACUUUUCUCAGUUUUGCAAUGAUAUAGCAGUUUUCCUUAUGCAAUUGGAAGAGGAAAAAGAAUAUACAUGAGAGAAGUUACUGAUUUGGCUAGCUCACCGUAUUUGGAAAAUUUGUAAUAUACCCUGUGUGCUCUAUUCAGUUAUUCCAGGUUAUGACAAUGCAGUUAAAUUUAAACUUUUUAAAUUAAUUUAAUUUUUCUUAA